AGUUUCAAUUCGUUCAAGCAUUCUCGGAUACCAGACGCAAGCGCUCUGUAUAAAUUAAAACGCAGGUUAAAAUCUAAAAAAUGCGUUUCUUAUAUGCUGUCGGUGUACUUUGCGUGGCGUCUUAUGCCAACGCAUAUUCUUCUGGGGCACCAGAGAGUGCAUGCGUUGACAUGAUCCCGAAGCAUCCUGUCAGUCCUCAAACGUCUACACCACCUUACACCAUUACAACCAGCACAAAGACAGUCAAAGCCGGUACUCCCAUGGAAGUUGUGAUCAGCGGUAACAAGCCAGAGAACAUUAUCCGCGGUCUGCUGCUCGAAGCCCGCCAGGGUAACAAUAUUGUCGGCAAGUUCACUUUGAACCCUAACGACCAAUUCGCGAAACUACUCAACUGCGGCGAGCCUGGAAAUGCAGUGACUCACAAGAAGCACGAUGAACAAUAUGACAAACAAACUGUUGCGUAUACUUGGACUCCACCUGUGGGCUUCAACGACGAAAUCAAAUUCAGAGCUACCGUGGCCUACAACGGCGCAAAGUUUUGGGUGGGAUUAGAAUCUGCACCAGUUAAAGUUAUUAAUUAAUAUAUAAUUUAGUCAUAGUUACAUAAUAAUAGAUUUAUAGAUGUAUGUACAUAUUUCGUGAGCUAUUUCGUACUUGUAAUACUGAAUGAACAUGAUUGUUACCAAUUAAAUAUCUAAUUUAAGG